CGAAUUAAUACUGAAACGGAACUUUGUGAGAGAGGUGAAUGAUGCUCUAGUGGUCAGUGGAUAAAAACAAAACAAUAACAAAAACAACAAAAAACAAAGUGACUACGCUACUACUUUUGUUUUAUGAAGCUUAACGCCUGCUUUUUCCUAAGUGACGUCCCUGACUCCGCCCCUGUUUAGAAUGUCAUGGGAGUGCCAAAACAAAGGGCAGGACAAGGGAACCAAGAUGGGAGACAGCUUUCUAGAGCAGUUAAAGGCAGACAGCUGGUUCCUGAAGUCGGACCGGCGCCUGGACACCGAGCUGGUGGAUAAAAUCAUUCUGCAGCUGAAUAGAAUCCACCCCCAGAUCCUCACGGACAAGGAGGCCACCAAGUUUCGAGAUCUGGACGUACCCACAUGUUUGCGACUGGCCGAGCUGCUCACACACCUGCAGGAGAAAGGAGAGGAAGCGUGCCGAGAGUUUUACCGUGCGCUUCACCUGCAUGUGGAGGAGGUGUAUUAUAGCCUCCCUACACGCCUCCGCCGCCGCCGGGAAUCUGCUGAUCCGGUGCUGAGACCCGCCUUCAGACCCACUGAGAGAUACACAUUAAACCAACAGGGUCCUCUGUUCUUUCUCAGCUGUUUCAGUGCGGCUGUAGGAGCAGCGUUACUGUAUUAUUACGGAGAUGUGAAGGCAGUGUCGGGUUCGAGCAGCGCUCUGGGCUUCGCCGCUCUCAGGUUUGGGAGGAAGAUCCGGGAGGUUCUGAUCUGGUACACAGAUGACGGGCGGGGCCGAUAACCUGGCGCUCUCCCAGCUGUUACAGAGUUUUACACUAUAACAUGACGCUCCGCUUGCCUGUAAACGCACAGCAGGUUUAAAGUGCCUUACCUUUUUUUUUUUCUUUUUAAAGGAUCAGUUACAUACCGUUAAUGAGAUGAGGGAACACGCCCACAGCUGUUUAAAACUCCUGUCCUUUUGCUUAAGGCUGUAACAUUUUCCACUACAAAGUUUUUAUUUCUCUCCGAGUGUGUGGAGCUCAGACUGCCGUCACUGAGGCGUGUGUGUGUGUGUGUGUGUGUGUGUUUUUACACUGACAGGGUCUGUAAAUGACUAUGUGUGUUAGAGCUGAGGAAACACUGCAGAACCAGACAGAACAUUUUGAAUUGUUACACCAGUGUGUCUUCACAGGGACGUCCAUGUCCACUAAUCUGUGCCUAAUUUUUAAUUUGUUCAGGUAAAAAAAGGCACUAAAAAGCUCAUGAUGCUCCAAAAUGAGGUGCUGCUGUGGACAUGUGACAGAGAGACAGCUUAAAAAAAUAUCGAUAAAGUUUUAUUGUAGACGUUUUAAGUGGUCAUCGCUGAUGUGGACACUAGCUGGCUGUUUUAUCUUCCUCUACACUACAAGAACCGAACUGAGACGAGUCGGUGACCCUGCGCAUGGUCCGAGGAAUCCCUCGAAACCUGUCCUUUCCUAAUUCGAAUGUCACUUUGCCGCAGCAUCACUGGCUAAAAAACCCUGCAUGCUUUUCUGUCAGCAGUGUGAGUAUGAGGAUCAUAUAAUAUAUAAUGAUACAAUAAAAUCUGAGACAGAGACAGAGCUGGAGCCACAUUACUGACUCGGAGCUUGUCCCAGUGAACGCGUCCUCCAUCUGAGAAAACAUCAGGCCGCACAGCUACACGUCCACACGCAAGCGGCAGCAGCAGGGGGAAACCACACGGUGGCGCCAUGUGGGCAUUUUUAACUUAAAACCCACACUAAAGUGCUUAUUAAGAAUAGUAGACUUUAUAAAACAAAUCUGUUCCAGCUAGAACACUAACCUGUGACAAUCCUACAGAACAGCUCUGGCUUUCAGUACUGCAGGCUGGACUGGAAAAAUGAGAGCCUUAGACUUGAUGAAAGCAUUAAGGUUCUUCCUCUAACUUUUUCUUCUUCCUCAGCGUUUUAAUAUAAACGAGGCAUUUGUAAGGUUUCAGCUUUGACGUAAUGCUUUAUAUUUUUAUGAAAGUUUGUUCAGUCUCUUAUGCAUUUCAGUUAACCGCUACAGCUGUAUACGGCCGUCACACGUAACACUGUGCCUUAUCUUGUCUUUUUAUUUCUACCAGUUUUACAAAAAAAAGAAAGAAAACAAUAAAUCAUCCAAAUGUC